CAUGUUCAAAUCUAGUAUAGCGAUUCGUUACACCUGUUAACAAAUUUGAAUACGUAAAUGCCCACCUACAUCUUAUCUCUGCAGUAGGACUUAGGUGACGUUUUUAAGAAUAUAUCUCGAAAAUUUUGUACGCAAAACUUAACUUUAGAGUUCUUGAUCAAGAAUGAAAUCUCAAGAGUUUAUGACCUUAGUGAUCCAAAUAGCCACUGUGACUGUAAUACUUCAGAGUGUCUUUGGUUUCAGCCAAGGUUGUUUAAUCCAAGGUAGUCAGUGUACAACCUUGUUGUCCAUGGGAGAAACGGGCCUGGAUCAGAUGGACCAAUUCUGUUCUAAUUUAAGCAUUGUUCUGAACUGUAUGAACGCGGCCUAUGCUACGUGUUCAAAUGACGCAGACAGAGCCAAUUUGAACUCUGGGAAGGCCGGGCUCGAACAGCAGUACAACACGUACUGUUCCAGUGGCUGUAGCGUUGUAGACUUAAUGAAAUGUUUGCUUGCGAACAUUGCAGAACUGUCAACACUAAACGCAACAGCUUGCCGGUCUCUAAGAGAGAUGAGAACCUGUUUAGUAGACGUGAGGGCCAACUGUAACCAGGAGGACAUUAAGGCACAGAUCGACAUGCAGCUUCAGGGCGCUGAUCAGAUGCUGGCACAUUGCUCUAAGACAAAGUGAAGAUUUCAAAUCCUCUCAGAAUAAAUCAGUAACAUGACUUUAAAGUUUCAACACCAGCUUCACUCAACUCUGUGUAACACACGUCAUGCUCUGUAUUUGAUUAAGCGUAAUUCUAAACUCCAUUUCUUGUAGACUCUUAUUUAGGGACAAAAUUAUGUAUGCUAAACAUUCAGAAAUAACAAACACACAUAUACCAAACAUGAAA